AAUAAUAUAAUACAUUUUAUUUAAUAAAAAAACAAAGAAAAGAAAAAAGAUGUUAUAUGCAUGGCAUUGUUAUUGUUAUUAUUGUAUGUAUUGACGCACAAAAAGAAAUUCAUCUCGCGAAAUAUGUGAAAGAGGGAAAAUCCAACUCUUAUUUAUUAAAAUGCGUGUUAGUAUGAGAAUUUCUUGGAUAGGAAUAAUUAUUUCCGAGUUGUCGUCGAUCAGUCAGAUCACAGUAUAAAAGUGAAGACUCCAGAUCGACUUCCUAACAGUCGAUCGUCGACAUUACUUGAGAAACAUACGAUCGUAUAACCAUAUUUUCGUAUAAAUUUAUAAUAUAUUCAAAUUAACAGAAUGUAUCGUGUCAUUAUUUCUACAAUUUUGAUUGUACUCGCAAUAAUAUCAAACACCAUAGCCUUUCCUCAGAAUGACUUGAAUCUCGAUGAUGUUUCUCGAGUAGAUGGUUUCGUUUUCGAUGGUCCUGUUGACAGACCAUUCUCCUCGACUCAACGUUCGAUGAUUGAUAACAUGGCAGAUCGUGUACCAACAACGCGAGCGACACCUGCACCUAUUACUCCAGGAUCCGAAGCUUAUGAAAAUUGCAUUGCUAGAUGUUUGGUUACUCCAGAAUAUAAUCCUGUAUGUGGAACAGACAACAUUAGUUAUGAUAAUCCAGGAAGAUUAAACUGUGCAGUUAGCUGUGGCAAAAAGAUAAGCCUGAAUGCUUAUGGACGUUGUAGUGCCGACGGGAUCAGAGGUUAAUGGGUUAUUUCUGGAGAUUGAUAACACUGAUUUAUUACAAGAUUGAAAUGAUCUAUUGCGGAAGACUGUUUAGCAAUACAUAUUUUAUAAUAUUUUCUA